AUGUCCAAGCAUCGUCUUCCGUCUGCACCAGUCCCUCCGCUCAAACGAGCUCAUUUUCUACAGCCCUCGUCGUCAUCUUCAGCACCGGUCUCGACAACGUUUGACGAUGCCUUCUACGACGAACUCAUACUAUCCAUAUUCUCAUUUCUAGGCAGCACGGACCUGUGCGCGAUCCAGGCAACAAAUAGCAAUUGGGCGAGGCUUGCGAGCGAUAAUCAGCUAUGGAAAGCUUUGUACCUUCGAGACUACGGGCGCCCCAGACUGAGAGGUGGUAGAGGUUUUGUUGGCCGUGCAGACGGGAGAGAAGUCAAGCCUUUACCUGGAAGAGCAAAACCCGACAAUCUGAAAGACUGGAAAUGGAUGUACCGUAUAAGCUCUAACUGGAGAAGUGGUCGCUGCUCUGUCGAAAACAUGAACACUCCAGUCGACUUGGCCCUGUCGCAAACAUCAGAAGUACCCCGAUCUUUGCCUAGGACCCGAACAGACAAAACACACGUACUACUAGCAGGAAGUCUGACUAUCGUAGCUCAGUCCGACAGCUGCCUUCGACCGUCAUUAUAUGUUCAUGGCGGAGCAGUCGCUACCCACAAACUAGUCUGCAGAUCCACAUUUCACAACACCCUCACCAGAAUCACAGCUCUCGCACUCGACCAAUCUCCCCCAAAUAAACCCUGUCAACCUUCCCUCCGCCCCUCUCACCACAUCCGCCUUGUCGCCUUGCUCUCCACCGGCGAGUUUAGUGUCUUCAACCUAGAUUACACCACGCCCUCCUCUAACUCUUCUCCAAAGCUCGCAUACGUCCCAUCCAGCACUACCCGUUCCCUCAGCGCACCGAUAACACACGCAGCCUACCACCACCCCGUUCUCGUCACACUCUCCGAUUCGUUCGUGCUAACCAUUUAUGAUCUCAGCAAUGACAGUGUCUCACUCGUGCAAACACUCACGUCGUUCACGAGCCAUCCACCCAGUUCGUUGGUACUAUCCGCCAUGCCUACUUUAGGAACGUAUAAACUCGUACUUGCGUACGCAGUACCAGUCUACCCCGCCCACUGGAGCGUUGGUGCUACCGAACUUAUAAUAUCGCACUCUAACACUAUGUCACCAAGUUCGUCACACCCGUUUGACUCCACCACGUCAGGGCUUACAGCACCGUCUGGUCCCCUGGAGGUCAGCACAACUCGGACCGCGCGGGCUUUUGACGUUCCACAAGGUUGGAUCGACGAGCGAAAGCUUGAAACGAUCCGUGAGCAGUGGGGUCGCAAGGUGACACAAGUCGCAGACACACAGACAGACGGAAAAUGGGUUGUACUCGCACCAGGAGAUACACCCCAUACCUCCCCGCCUUCUUCGUCUAGCAACCCUCAUACAAGCCCGCAACCCACAGCUCACUCCACUAUUGCCACAGCACAUCACUCUCCAACACAUCUUCAACUCUACCGCUUACAUCUCCCCUCGUCUAGUGGCGUUUCACAUACACCCAAGCUAUCUUUUGUGCGCACGCUGCACGGUCCCAUAGGACCUGUCAGUGCUCUCGCCCUCGCAGAUGGGAGAUGUGUGAGCCUUGGUGUAAACGGAGGCAUCUGGGUUUGGGAUCUUGAAGGAUCUGAUACUGGAGGAGCAGUGGUUGCUUCCCCUAUCAGUCUCAAUAUGGAGGAAUCAGAGCUAGUUGAGAAAGGGACGGUAGUAUUUGAUGAACGAAGGAUAGUUAGUGCUGGUGUGAGAGGUGUCGAGCUUCGGAGAUUCGAUGUAUGA